UCUGUCCCGGUCUCUGACUGUCCCGCCCUGCGUCCUCAGCGCCAUGGGGGAGUGGGCGUUCCUGGGCUCGCUGCUGGACGCGGUGCAGCUGCAGUCGCCGCUCGUAGGCCGCCUCUGGCUGGUGGUCAUGCUGAUCUUCCGCAUCCUGGUGCUGGCCACCGUGGGCGGCGCCGUGUUCCAGGACGAGCAGGAGGAGUUCGUGUGCAACACGCUGCAGCCGGGCUGUCGUCAGACCUGCUACGAUCGCGCCUUCCCGGUCUCCCACUACCGCUUCUGGCUCUUCCACAUCCUGCUGCUCUCAGCUCCCCCGGUGCUGUUCGUCAUCUACUCCAUGCACCAAGCCAGCAAGGAGGCGGGCGGCACGGAGGCGGCGGCGGUCUGUCUGCUCCCCCCACCGCCAGCGCCGCCAGCCCCGCCGUCCAGGCGCCCGGGCCCUGUCCCUUGUGCCCCGCCCGCCUACGCGCACCGCGCGCCAGCCUGCGACAGCGAGGGCGAGGGCGGUAGCGGCCGCAGCAAGGCGUCACUGGCCACCGUCCGCCAGGACCUGGCCAUCUAGCGGCGGGCACUGCCUUGAGCAGACAGUGAGGUCAGGGGCACGAGCGCGUCACCUGGGCCCUCACCGAAGAAGCGAGAAAGGGCUCUGCAAGCACUGUUGCCGGCCCCAGCAGGAGACGGUGGGCUGGCCCGCACCUCGCCGCUGCUCCCAGCUGCCUCAGGCAGCAGCCGUGCCCAGCCGUGCUGGGGCGCAGAAUGAGCUAAGGCCGGCCCUUAGCUGAUCCCGGUGGAAAGGAGGAGACCUGGCCCUGAGACAGUGACAAGAGGUGGACAGAGCGGAGUGGAAGGCAGAGGGCAGUUGAUGACCUGGUGGUCUUACUGAGGAGGAGAACCGGGAGGCCAGCAUUCCCAGGCACUAUCCCGGUUCAGAGUAGCCUCUGCGGGUUCUCUGAGUGUGCACACGCGUAGGCAUGUAUACACUGAGCUGUGUGUGCACAGGCAAGCUCUGUGUGAGCGCUGUGUGUGUGCAUGCAUACAUGUGUAUCCGUGUGCA